CUAGGGGUCACAGUGAGAAGUAGACAUGUCUCUCGGGAAUAGCAAACUUUCUCUGAUUGUCGUUAUAAUAAUCUUCUAAACUCUUAUAAGUGACGUCACUUUCCAGGUCCUGAGCCACACAGUAGACCAGAACAAGAGAGAGUGUCCACAUCAGAUGCUGUCCCAGAAACGCCAGAUUCUGGAAAAUGUGGAGACGAUCAUGGAGCAGAACAAACUAGCGUCUGUACAACUGGAAGAACGCAUUCUUGGCAACGUCACUGCGACUUUUGAACAAAAUGAAAUGAAGUUAUCACAACUGGAAGAACGCAUUCUUGGCAACGUCACUGCGACUUUUGAACAAAAUGAACUGAAGUUAUCACAACUGGAAGAACGCAUUCUCGGGAACGUCACGGCGAUGAUUAAGGCUCUAGAAGCAGGUUUUGACCGCAAGCUGAGUGCUACAAAGACCAAGUUGCAGUCCAAUACGUGUGCUGACGUCACGAUUCAAGCCCCUCGGCCAGUGGUCACCCUUUCUAACGGCAUGCAAGUCGUCUGUGACACUGAGACAGACAACGGAGGCUGGAUCGUGGUCCAGGUGAGAUAACGUUCUACUCUACCACAGACUGAUACAAGAGGCGGAACAUUCUGUUUGUUCUGUGACUUCCCAGACAGUAUAUAUAAUAAGUCUACGUAUGGUGCAAGUAUUACCUCGCUAGGGCAUAUGUGUCAAGACGCGGUGGAAUCAGGUACUCGUCAAUUUUGGGGGAUUUGGAGUUAUUGGUCUUACCUUAAAGC